AUGGUGCCAUUCUCUGUACAGCCUGAGGUUCCUGUUCUGGGCAGCAACGUUUCUGAGUGUUCCGUCGGCAGUGUUGCUCCUCACGGAUAUGGGGAUACUCCUUGCAGCCCAGCUUCUUCCACGGCCACAACCAGGACGAGGACCGAGGAUACUGACGGACGGGCUCGUACUGACCCUCUGUACUCCGCCAAACCUGGCAAGGACGGCAGCUAUCACUGUCCCUUCUUGGCCUCUGAAGGAUGCCAGCACAAGGCUACUAAGCUCAAGUGCAACUACGACAAGUACAUUGAUUCACACAUUAAGCCAUUCCGCUGCAAGCACCAAAACUGCAACAACAACCGUUUCUCGUCUACCGCUUGUCUUCUCCGCCACGAACGCGAGGCUCAUGGACUCCACGGACACGGAAACAAACCCUUCCUCUGUCAGUUCAAAGACUGUGACCGAUCCGGCCCGGACAAUGGAUUCCCCAGAGCGUACAACUUGCUCGACCACAUGAAGCGCGUUCAUGGUUAUCGUCCGGACAAAGCAGCCAAGACACCUCCAGCCUCCAGUGCAGGAAGAGCAGCUGGAAAAUCCCAAGACAAGGUGAAGAAGAGAAGGACCGCCAGUGAAACAAAGAAGGAGUCUGCAUCUCCGAGACUAGUGCAGAAGCUUGCAGUAGAUUCACGCAAGCAACAGAUGUCUGCGCAAUGGCAGACUCAGGUCAAUGAGAUGCAGAGGCGCUCUCGUCAAUUCGGAUGA